UGUUGGCACACUUGCACAUUUUGCGAUAUAUGCACAGUGUUGUUAUAAAAGUUUCUUUUUAUCUUGAAGCCAUUUUGUAGUAUACGUCUAGAAAAUAGAAGCACCGCAAUGGAAAACGAUAACGGAGUACUUGUUGACUUGUAUAUCCCAAGAAAAUGCUCCUCGAGUAACCGCAUCAUCCACGCCAAGGAUCAUGCAUCUAUUCAGUUAAGUAUUGCUGAUGUUGAUCCUGAAACUGGACGUAUGACAGAUUCCCAGAAAAUGUAUGCAAUCUGUGGAGCAAUUCGUCGAAUGGGUGAAUCUGACGAUUGCUUGGUACGGCUUGCAAAAAAUGAUGGCAUAUUACCGAAAAAUUUUUAAUGUAACAUAAAUGUUUUACUCUUUCAAUAAAACCAAAAAAAAAAAAAUGCAGUUUUAUUUAAUGUUCUA